GUGAGGACAGUAACAACUACUAUAGCCACUACAAGUGAAGCAACUGAGCAGCUACUACAAGUAAAAAAUGAAGUUGCUCGUAGUGUUCAUCGCGUCCUUCCUGGUAGCCGUAUGCGGGCAGAACCAGAACUUAUGCGGACGGAACCUCGCCACCGCCUUGGCCAAUCUCUGCGGCAUGAACAUGAUCAAGCGGGCCCGAGGUCAGGAUUUGCUGGUGAGAGAUCAGGACCCGCUGGCCAGGGAGCUCGGAAGACUGCAGUUCUGGCCCUGGAUGUCGAGGCACAGAACCAAAUCCCUGGGCAGGAGUAAGAGGCAGAUCGUGUCGGAGUGCUGCGAGAAGGCCUGUUCGAACGAGGAGCUGCUGUCCUAUUGUGAUUAUUAAUAUAUAAUAUGUCUGCCCCGGGCUUCGUGAUAAAUGAUAAUAAGUAUAAACCCUUUUGUAUCAAAUUUGUCUAAUAUCGUGUCUUGAAGUCGUGAUAACUCAUAUAAAAUCUUAUGUAUC